AUGUCGAGGAUUUACAGGAACACAGGCAAUGUACCUCCUCCAUUACUCUCCAACAUCCAGUACAUCACUCACUACAGCAACCCCAGCCGCCUCAUGAGCGGAGAGGACGGCUAUUACUUCACACACCUGUGCUGCGGCGUGGUGUUCAUCGAGAAGCUCGAUGCGCAGUCACUGAACCUGAGUCAUGAAGACUUUGAGCUCUACAUGUCCGGUGCAUCGUCUCCGCUGGGUCCCAAGGCCACUUCAUCUGGCCACAGCUCACAGAACGGCUUUAGAGAGCCGAGGAGAGCGGAGGAAACAGACCUGAACGAGUGGAGCGACGGUCAGGAGCUCUCAGUGCUGGGCUUGUUGGAAGAGCCUCCUGUUCAGACUCACACCUCCAACACAUUCACUAUUGACUCAGGCAAUGUGGACGGGGACAGCCUGCCUCCUCCAUUACCGCCUCAGAAGUUCCCAUCUUUACUGGGCACGGACUGACAGCAAGCUGUGAUCGCUCUUCUGUCUGCAGGUCAGUGAUGGGCUCUGUUCCUGUAAUGGCACUGAAUGCAUUCACACUUCGGUUCUCUAUGGGGUGAUGAGCGGUCAUAGGUUUAUAUUUUACUCCAAAAUGGAAGCAAAUAAUAUGAAAAUAAUUUGAAUUCUAGUUUUAGGACCAUCAAGAUUUUUCGUGGUAGUGUGAAAAAAAAAAAAAAAAACAUUAAUUGAUAUUAUAAUGUAUUUAUAUGUCAUCAUGAUGGUAUUAACUGCACUGCAAUUAAUUUGUGUAAAUAUAAAUGUAAAAAAAGUGUAUUGCA